AAAAUUGUCCUCCACCAAUUAUGAUCAAACUACUUAUUUCGCUUACCCUUCUGGCCUUCGUGGCUAUUACCUCUGCAAAAUCUGUACCGACGAAUGGCAUCAACCUAAAAAAUGUAGAGGUGUUGGACAACGAUGGUAAAUACAUUUUGGGCUGGGAGGUUGUCGGAGAUGAGAUAAUAUUUGAAAUCGAGGCCGCAACGCUGGGUUGGGUGGGGUUCGGAAUCUCUCCAACCGGUGGGAUGACCGGUGCGGAUAUAAUCAUUGGUGGCGUCAUGCCAGAUGGAGUUCCGUAUUUCGAGGAUCGAUUCGGAGUUGGUCAAACCGUGCCGAAGGUUGAUGACCAUAAUGAUUGGACGUUACUCGUAGCGAUGGAGUUUGCCCUGAGUGGGAAGACGGUCCUCCGGUUUUCUAGGGCUUUAAACACCUGUGAUGAUGAAGAUUAUCCGAUUGGGAAUGAUACGAGUCGAUUAAUCUGGUCGAUGGGAGAGACAGAUGUCAUUCAGUAUCAUAAUACUCAGCGAGGGACAAAAUCAACCAAUUUACUUCAUGCCGAUGUCCCCGAAGUGGACUUGGACAAGGUUACAACCUGGCCGAUGAUUCUUGACAUGGAAAUGCCUGAUCAGGACACUUCCUACUGGUGCAGUUUCCAUCGGGGUCCGACCCUUGAGACUAAAAAUCAUAUCGUUGGGUUUGACGCAAAACUACCAUCCUCAGAAUCACUGCGACACACGCACCACUUUAUUUUGUACAAUUGCUUCAUUCCACCCGGUUCGAAUGAGACGAUGGAUGAAGUUUUUGACGACCAUACUGUCGACAAGGGUGUUACUGGGGGACAUUGUUACGACGAGAUGAGCCCACUGCCCAUCGGGUAUUGCAAAGAGUACGUCUUUGUGUGGUCAAAAGGUGGCAAGCAAAUGGUAUUCCCUGAGAAUGUCGGUUAUCCAAUCGGCAAUGAGCCUGGCAAGCUGUACUACAUGUUGGAAAUUCAUUACGAUAAUCCCGACAAACUCACAGGGGUACAAUUUGAGUCUGGGGUCGAAUUCUACUAUACGAACGAACUUCGUGAGCAUGACGCUGGUCUUGUGACAUUAGGACACGAUGUCGAAAUUUCCCUAACAGUUCCCCCAAAUACGCCAGAUUUCCUGGUUGUAGGACAUUGCGCACCUGGCUGUACGGAAAAGUUCCCUGCCGAUGGACUAACAGUGUUUAAUUCGCUGUUGCAUUCACAUCUGUCCGGAAGAAAAAUUAAAACGCGACAUUUCCGAGGGAACGUUGAGCUGCCUUGGAUAGAUUUUGAUGAUCACUAUGACUUCGACUACCAGCAAAACAAACCGCUAAUGGAAUACGUUAAAGUUCUUCCUGGCGACCAAGUCACAGUUGAAUGUAUUUACGAUUCCACUUGGAAAAAUGGAGAAAUCGUUCUUGGCGGCUUAUCAACUCGGGAAGAAAUGUGCGAAGCAAUUUUGUGGUACUAUCCGAAAAUUGAUAUCGAUAUUUGUGGUUCAGAGUAUGACAUAGAUAUGCACAUUAAGGAAUUUGGAGUUACUGAAUACCACUCGGAGAUGACCAACACGCUAAACAAGUACUUCAUCGACGCACCACCAUCGCUCGAGGGAGACUUUUACAACUCGAUAAGCUUCAAGUUUAACUGGACUGAAGAAUUCAAAAGUGGAUAUGCUGACAGGCGACAGAAUGGAAUGCACGUGGGAGAUUGUCACGUUCGAAAAGAUGGAGAAUCUUGGUAUUUUGAUGUCGCCUACCCAGAAAAUUAUGAGAAAUAUGUUCCCGAAGAUAAAUGCGCUAAUACGAAUUGAAUUAAAUUGUAAACAUAAAUCUAGACUAGCUAACCAACGAAUAAAAAUUUGAACUCCUGAAAAUAAUUGCUAGAAAUGCAGAAA